GACCUUUUUACUUCCCAACUGGGAAUAGUAUAGAGGGUGGGCUACGGGACAAACACUCCAAACAAUACAAAGAGCACAAACACUUCGCUGCUGAUUUAGUUUCUCUGGUGGGUACCGACGGAGAUCUCCGCUUAGCUCCUCUAUGCUCUUUACUCAUCUCUGAUCAUUUGAAACCCCGUUUCUCAACUUCACUAUUUACCAUCAUAAUCACCACUCCAACCAGACCAUCUCAUGGAGAACAUAGACAAUUCGUCAACUUCCUCAGGCGACUCCAGAAUGACACCCACGCAUACCUGCCUAUUUGAAUCACAGGCCGACCUCGAACCGCCGCCGUAUCCCUCACCGGCCGCCGUGGCUCCUCACAAGGGAGCAACUUUUAUCAUCCGCGAUAUUCAGAGUGGGCUUGUUAUCACACUCAAGGAUGGCAAUUUAGGCUUGGCCCCUGUGAAUAAGGAAAGCGCAUUCGUCAAUUGCGAUGAUGGGCUUGGUAGUCAUUGGCGCUGCGUUGAAAACAAGGAUCGCUGGCUGGGCUUCAAAAAUGCAGUUUCGGGGGAGUUCCUUGGGCAUGAUAACCAAAAGGACUGGCGUUUCGUGGCAAAGGCUGAGGCCCACAAGCAAUGGGAGUUUUUCUGUGUCCGUCAGUGUUCGGAUGGCGGCCAUGAGCUGCUUGUGAAGCAUUGGGAUGGCUUUCGUGCAAUGCAAGCAGGAGGCUACACUGGCAGAGAUCUAGUGGUUGCUGGUGAAGGACACAGCGGAACAGCAUGGGAAUUUAUUAAAGUUGACACCGAGAUUUGACCUUGUCUGAUCAGCAAAAGCGGCGGACUUAUGGCAUUGGGAACGCGAGCUAAAAGAAGUUCCUGCUAUAGAAACCAAUACAUUUCAUGCUGUGCACAUC